GUACCGGAACCCUACAUGUAUACGGAUGUGCCUACACAAUCACAGAUCCUUCUCCUGAUCGGCUACCACUCUGAGAGACAACAUACACACGUCCUUAUUAGGUCUCAUCCACACUAUGUCUUUGUCGUAUGGAGUUUAUUUUAUUCAGACCGUGGACAACGUCCCUCGCGCCCUCGCCUGGGGUGACACAUUGAACAAGACCGAUGUCGUAACACUCGCUGCAAAGUGGCCGUGGGGUCCUGCCCCGGUAAGGAACACAGAGGUGUUCCGGGAGCUCUGGCUCGUCGAGCCUCUCUCCACAGGCAGUGCCACGUGUACCAUCCGGAACCUGAAAAACGGAAAGAAUAUGAUUCUACAGGAUGAAGAUAGCAUUAUCCUCGGCGACUCAGCUAUGCAUCUAUCUGAACAGUGGAACAUAGUCCCAUGCGGUGAGCAGAUCCGAAGCGCAGGUGGCUCACAGGCAUACCGUAUCAGUCCUGCGAACUCCGAAGGUGCAUUCAGCUUUGGUGUUGAAUCCCUCGGGUACACUGACCCCACUGGUCGCGACAUCGUUCUGAAGAGGCAGUGCCAACCCUGGAUCUUUCAACGACUCAGCCGCUCUGGGGGAGAAAUUCACGAAGUUGUGUCACAGAGCUGGAGUACCAAUGACUCAGUUCCCGAAAUCUUCAUAAGUUACCAAUCUGACACCGAGUAUCUCAUCCUCUCGCGCGGAUUGUGGUCACUCAUUUGGAAGGAAUACCAUGAGCACGGAUUUAUGUCAAACGUCUGGGGUGACAUUCCGGAGCAGCGCCAAUGGCGCCCGGAGAUAUAUGACUGCGAUGAUUUUGCAACAGUGUUCAAAGUGGUUGUCGUCAUUUGGGGGGAAAAGAAUAUCCGUGUGGAUGGUGUAGCGAUUCUUUGUGGCGUCAUGCUUGGACAACCCAGGCCUAGAGUUGAGGGGGGCGCACAUGCGUACAACUUCACUCUGUCGGAUGAAGAUUCCAACGACCCUGCCGAUGAAAAUAGACGAAUCCAGUAUUUUCAGGCUGAGGUCGGCAGGUUUGAUAACGAUGAGGGCUACCAUUAUUACCCGGUUGCGGCAUAUUUUUGAGUUGUGUUGCCCUUAAGAACACAUACAGCAACUGUUAAGUUCUUCGGGUUGCGCUAUGUAUCCAGAUAUUGGAUAUUGUUCAGUACUUGUAUCACUAGUUAGAUUUUGAUGUGCAAUGGAAUCUGGA